CUAUCGGGGAGAAGUUGGGCAGACGCUGAAAAAGCAGACAGGGAGAAAAUGACACGAGGCACUUCUGGAAAGAGUAAAUAAUCGCUUUGUUACGAUUUGGCAAGUGCAAGUCCUUUGCUAGGAACCUUGUGUCCAAAUUGGCCUGGGUCGGAUUCCGUGACAAGGUGGUUCCACCUCACAAGUUUAAUGGAUCAGAGGACUGGUUGGAUACAGCCUGAGCAGAAAGGACAUGCCAAUUCCUUGUGGAUGCAGGUUUGGGAAACCUCUCAGGCAAACUCAAGCACCAACAUGCAUCGGAACUUUAAUCAGCACAGUGUAAACACGGCAGCUAUGAGUUGUGGGUUUUAUAAAAAUGUGUCAGGAGUUUCUUUAGACAAAUGCACCAAUGGCGAUAAUGCGCCUGCGGGAGGGGAGAGACGUCUUAGACGGCAGGCUUCCCUUUCGCUUUCCUCUUCCUCGCAAGAUUCGGAGGCCGAUAAUUCACCCGUAGACUCUUUGCGAAUUGACAACUUGAACAUCGAAAAUGAGGAAGGUAAAUAUCAGCUUAUUGGUGAGCAAACGUACAAUGUCCACAAUCACAGGUAUCACCGGCUUCUCUUGCAAAGUACCCCGCAACAACGUCGCAGGCAGCAUUCAGUCCACACCCCCUCGGCAAUUAACAAUCAACACCAUGCACAUUCAUUUCGGAGGAAAAAUAGUAACCCUACAACUACUACUGAGCUCUGCAAUUUGUUCUCCAACACAAAUAUUGGCAACAACCCAUGCUCCUGGACGCUCUGGAAGACCCGGAGGUACAGCCCAGGUGUGAAUGGUCUGCAUGAAGAAAUCGUAGACUUCUUCAAUUUCAUGUCCCCACGCCCAGAAGAGGAGGCGAUGAGGAGAGAGGUGGUGACCAGGAUAGAAACAGUCAUCAAGAACCUGUGGCCUACAGCUCGGGUGGAGAUCUUUGGGAGCUUCAGUACAGGGCUGUAUCUACCAACAAGUGACAUUGACCUGGUGGUGUUUGGAGAAUGGGUAAACCCCCCUGUGCACCUCCACCAGCUUGAACAAGCCCUCCGGAAACAGAAUGUGGCCGAGCCCUACUCCAUCAAAGUCCUGGACAAAGCCACGGUGCCAAUCAUCAAACUGACAGACCAGAAGACUGAGGUCAAAGUAGACAUCAGCUUCAAUGUUGAGACUGGGGUUAGAGCUGCCCGGCUUAUCAAAGAGUACUUGAAGAGCUACACGGCCCUGCCCUACCUGAUCUUUGUGCUGAAGCAGUUCUUGCUGCAGAGGGACCUGAACGAGGUGUUCACGGGAGGCAUUAGCUCCUACAGCCUCAUCCUCAUGGCCAUCAGCUUCUUACAGCUCCAUCCCAGAAUUGACACCAGGCGUGCCAACCUCAACCUGGGCAUCCUGCUGAUUGAGUUCCUGGAGCUUUACGGCAGGGACUUCAACUACUUGAGAACAGGGAUCCGGGUGAAGAAUGGGGGCGCCUACCUGGCCAAGGACGAUAUGGUGAAGAGCAUGACCAAUGGGAACAGACCCUCCAUGCUGUGUAUAGAAGACCCCCUCCAGCCAGGAAAUGAUGUGGGCAGGAGCUCCUAUGGAGUCCUCCAGGUGAAGCAGGUCUUUGACUAUGCCUACAUGGUGCUGAGUCAUGCCGUGUCUCCGCUUGCUCGUUCCUACCCCAACAAAGAGACUGACAGCAUGAUGGGACGCAUCAUCAAAGUGAGCCAGGAAGUGCUGCGCUACAGAGAGUGGAUCAGCAGGAAGUGGGGGGCCAAGCACGAUGGCAAUCUGGAGAACAGCGGCCCGAUGGAGACGGACCUUAGCAGACUGGUUCUGUCUAUGGAGGAGCAGAGAGACUGCCCCUCCCCACUCAGCAUCGAGUCGCCCUCACCCUCCCCUGUGUCCCUCCCCAGCCCCUGCUCCUCAUCAGCAUGCUCCCUCUCCUCCCUGUCAGGAAGUGACAUCGAGUCUGAGUCCACUCCCAGUGGUGCCCUUCCUCUCCAGGCGCACCCCCUCAGCCGGGCCUGUUUGCCGCCUGGCCUGCCCUUUCUCGACGCCAGGCCCCCUCCAGCUGCCGUCAUGCCUGUCAGACCCCAGGUUCGGAUAACCCUCCCAGGAAAUGUGCCUGUCCACACUCUGCCUGACAGACAGUUUUAUCCAGAGGGUUCAGGGUACAUGAACAAUGGCCAGCGUUUUCCCCGACCUGUUCCCUCUCCUGUGCUGGACACGGCCAGUCCACACCCACACAGAAAUGCAGAUAGCCUCCAAGGACACCAGUACCACAGGACCAGCCAGCAUAGUCCUGCUAUUGGGCCUCCCCUCUUCAACUACAGUCACAACUACAACCAUAGCUACACCCCCCAGAACCAGCGCAGCGGCCCACGGCACCGGAGAAGGGUUAGUGUGCCAGGCACCCUCAGCUGGUGAGGAUAACACAGCCCUGUUCCAACUGCCGCUGAGUUCAGCAAUGAGUCCUGUGAGGUAUGCAGCUGGGUCGUCACAGGGGAUAUGUGACUUCUAGAAGUGCCAUACCAGAGAGCUGUGUGUUGUAGAUUCUUCUGUCCGAGUCAAAUAACAACCUCUUGUCCAUGAACGAGAACCAGCUUUAUUAUUAUAUGGAGGUUGUAUUUUGGCAUUAAAGUACAACUUUCUAUGCCGCUACAAGUGCCAAACCCUCUGAACGCUGUUAGGACUCAUUUGAAUGUACAGGGUUUUCAUUACGUGUCUUGGAGUUUCAUUAUCAAUGUCUUGGUUUGGCCCUGGUGGGUACGGACAAGGCAAUGAAGCACUGGUAAUGAAGGGAGUUUAAUUUACAGAUUGUUUACCGUUUGUGUUGUAUAAUCUCUUUAGUGCACCUGUUUUUAUGUAAUUUAUUUCAAAUGGUUUUCAUUAGAGGAUUUGUUGUUAAAUUUGCUUGACUAUCUUGAAUUGUGCAAUAUGGAUGUAAAUGGAUACACGGUAUAAACCACGCUGAUGGAUUUACAGCAUUUACUAGCCAUUUAAAUCUACCAUCGCGUGAAGGUUUGCCAGUUUUGCUGCCUGAGCCAUGUUUAAAUGCUCCCAGAAUGCAUUGUGUUAACCUAUGGUCGACGAGAGUUUGUGCUCCUUCUACAUAGCUGUUGGCUAUCCAGGCGUAUCACGAAGAAAGGUAGGAAGGGAGUGAGUAUUUUUGUUUGUUUAUCACUUGGCUUUCAACAAACUGCAUGUCAUUUAACAUCUAAUUCAUGUGCCAUUUACUUGUGUAAGUGUGUAGUGAAAGGAACAAGGUUACUUUUUGUUUACUGAAGCAGUGUUUACAUAUCCCCAGGACUGAGUAUUAUUUACAGCAAAAAUGCUCUUCCUUUUGUCAAUUGUUUUCCUUUCAUUCACAGAACCUUUUGUACUGCAUAUCCUAAAUGACCAAUAUUUUUUUUUUUUGGUACAGACCUGUCACCUGUCGUCCACACGUGCAGACAUACCAAGUUCAUUUUAGUUUUGCAUCCAUGCCUUGUCACUUCAGACAUCCUUAGAGGGGUUGGUGUCACUUACACUUGGGAUUGCUACACUCUUGGUGAACACCAGUGCUUGUUUUAACAGACUUUUUUAAUUUGCUGAAAGACCUUGAGAAUGUGUAGAACUGCACGUAAAGUGAUUCUUUGAGGCCGGUGUACAGGAACGAAUAGGCCCAGUCCUCUGGAUCCUCUUAGUCAAUCAGACUCUGUCCUUCAUUGACUGGGACGGAUAGAUCACUUAUGACCAGUGUAGUAGAACUUCACCACGUUACUCAGCCAGCUACACACAGUGAGUGGACUGCCUGUUACAAAGAAGCAGGCAUUGGCACAGUGUCACUCUUUAACUGUUUAUUGUCUAGUGUUUGUGUGUAAUGUGUCCACGAGGGUGUCUGUGUGACAAGCCAGACUAACUCCUCGCUGCCUGCUCUUGGGUUGGAAUGUGGAAUGAGUGACUAAUGGAUGUGUAUUGUUUGUUUUCUCUUCCUAAGCAACAUUUUUAUGUAUAGUUUUCUAUUUGGAUUAUUUUUUUAAUAAACAUUUUAAAACAACAGAAAUUUCAACUGACUGU